AAAGCACGCUCAUAUUUUUGGCUUCUUUUGAUCGUGGAUUUGUUUAUUUAUCACGGCCCUUCAAGUUUGCAGUGAAGUACGGAGGAAAGCUGGGCAGAAGCUCAUGGGAUUUUCCAAAUCGAAAAAAAAUCGCAGCGUCAUGUGACCCCGACGCCUUCUUCCCACGUCUCUCCCGUUGCUUGUUCUCGCAUGUGUACGUGUUGUGAGGGAAAUGGUUUUAGGAGCUAAAGGCAGCGCCAAUGUUGUCGAAAAUAUUCUCCUUUGGUGCACGAAAACCUGGGAAAAAGCACAAUGAUGGCGACCUCGAAACACCAGACGAAAUUCUUGCUACUAGAAGGCCCUUUCCACAACUGGAACAUGAUGAGAUAAGAAUUCUGGUGUUCAAGGAAUGUGAUCGCAAAGGAAAGACCUUAUUGUUUGACUCCAAAGCAGUUCCCAAGAGCAACAAUCAACAGGAUGCGGGGCAGAACAGAAUUUCUGAUUCAGACAAGAAGCUUUCUGGAGGCCCCAGGCUUGAGCAAAAAGGAGGCAGAUCUCAGUCAAAAUUACAGUAUGCACGACAAAGUCACGACUCCAAAAUGUUGGGGGAGAUGAUCUUUGGCUCUGUGGCAAUGACAUACAAAGGGCAAACAGUCAAAGUCCAUGAAAUAAGAACUCCACACCAGCUCUUACUGACCAAUGUGUUUGCUGUCCAACCAAGAAUUGUUCUGCCCAGCUGUGGUGAUUCAAGCGAUUAUUACAGCACCAGCAGUAGUCAUGUAGAUUCAGGAAUAGGAGACAGUUCAAACAGACUUGAUCCAGACUGUGAGUCAUUGUCAUCACAGAACAGUUUUUCUAAACUUGAAGAUUCUGUUCUUGGGAAUUCCUCCAAACCAAUGGCUGUCCCUGGCUCUUCGCCGGUAGUUGUCAUUGAUGCUGAUGAAGACAGUGGAUUCACAGCAUCUGUUGAUAGUAACACAUCAUCAUGGUUCACCUCUGCAUCCUCACCUUGUGGCAGUUACCACAGACGUCUUCGUCGAAGUCAUGCCACCAGUAUUGACAACAGUUUUGGAAGGAAGAGUGAUGAGUUAUCUGAAGAUAUUUCUCCACCUGUGGGAAGAAGACCAAAGCUGGGUAUUGGUAUUUUGUUUACUCUUGGUGACAAUGAAGAUAGAAGCAGGGCUCUUCAAGGGGUAUUUUUUGCACAUUUCCCUUUGUUUGAAUUGCACGUGAUGAAACUUAGAGUGUCCAUUGAGAAUGCUUGUUUUGGAAAGCCAAGGUUAUUUACAAGUCAAGUCAUUGAGGCAGUGAACACAUUUCGAGACACAAUUCACAAUAUGCUUGCAACACCAAGACUCAAGGAACCAGUUUGGUUGAACAUAAUGACACAUUCUUCACAUCGCUCGCAGCUGUGUGAGAAAUUCAUGGUUGAGUUGGUUGACUGCCUCAAAGUUGGAAACAGCAGGGAGACAAACUUUUUCAUGGCAGCUGUUCUGACAGCUGUGUUGCAGAAUCAUCUUGCAUGGGUGUCAACAGUAAUGCCAGCUGGAACAGCCCCAAGCCGAGCAUUUCUGGACAAACAUUCAUCCAAAACUUUGGAUCUGCUUGCUCAGUCACAUCCAUACAAUCCACUCUGGGCUCAGCUGGGAGACUUGUACGGGGCAGUUGGAUUUCCUCUUCGAGUUACAAGGACUGUAGUUGUCGGGAAAGACUCCAAAAUUGUUUCAAAAGUGUUGAAUAUCCUAAGUUAUUUCAUAAGAUGUACUGAGGUGUUUGAACAUGUACAGAAAAGAGAUGAUGAAAGCAAGGAUGACGUGAAGGAGAACAUCUCUUGUUUUGGUCAAGAAAGUAUACAGACUGUCUGCUCCCAGUGUGGAAGCAAAUCUCUUUCUGAAGUUGAAAACUCUGGGAAAACUUUAACGACUGAGCCAAGUGUUUGUAUGCAAUGUAAACAGAACUGCGAAGGAAAGUGUGUGCAACAUGACAAGUUAACAGGCAAAGAAAACAGAGAGAUAAUACGUGAGCAGUUGAUUUCAAAAUUGCAAGGUACUAAUGGGCUUACACAUUGUUUGCAUUGCAAUGCAAGAAUUACUGACGGAAGCUCAGUGGAAAAACUUCCAGGCAUUGAAAUACUUCAAUCUGUUUGCACAUGUAACAAGAUCUCAAAUGGAGGUGUGCACAAGGAGUUGAAACAUUUUAUGAAAGAUUCAAACUUGAUAGCUCUUGCUAAUAGUCACUGUGGCUCUUUCCAAUGUUAUUGUUGCAAGAAUGCAUCUGAAAAAGGAAGCAUUGUUCCUAAAGGAAGAAAGUUCAAAUGUUACUGUGGCUUGGAAAUCGAUUCUGACAAGAAUCAGGCAAAGCAGAAUUGCGUUCAUUGUUGUGCUCAAUGUUUAGAAAAACUUCAGUCCUCACAAAGUGCCAAAGGCAACUAUCCUACAGAAAUAAACAAUUCUCUAGCAACCAAGAUUUUGCAGGCUGUUCAAAGGCAAGAUUCUGUUGGCAGUGGUAAUGAAAAUGUGGGUAGGCGGAUUUCUGAGGCAGACAGUUGUAUUUCAGAGGACAGAGACUCCAUGUCUCUGAAAAAUAAUGUGUUAGAUAAAUGCACUGAUGUGGAAGAGAGUAUAGCAUCUUAUGGACGAAGUGGAUCAGCUGAUUCGGGCAUCCAUCAGAGCCCUUUACACUCGCCCUCCAUUCGAAGACCUGACAGUUUUCCAACUGUUGUCUCGUGUCAUGUGGAAGACGAGCAAUUGCCGGAAGAAAUUCCUUUACCAAGGACUGAAGAAGUGAGCUUCUCCAUAAACAGCAAAUCAGAUGAUUGGAAAAUCUUUAACAACUUUGGACGAUCAAUGUUUGCAGGAAUUGUGGACAGUUAUCUGCCAGACUUGGUUCUUCAGGGUGUUCAGGAAAAUGACUUUCGAGGAAGACUAUCAGCUGACCUAAAGCUUGCAUUGCAGCACUCAGUUGUGGAUGAUCCGGUCUCAGAAGCAGUGUGUAUCAUUGCUAACACCGAUAAAUGGACUUGUGAAGUUGUCUCCAUGAAAAAGAAUCGGAAACAGCCAACUUGCGAUCCCAUUCACCAUGAACAACAAGUAGAAGUAUCCAACUUAGUGUUAUCCAUGUUAUCUUCAGUCAGCGGCUUAUGGGACAUCAAAAUGUCGGCAGAGUUUUGUUUAAUGCAUUUGGAAGAUAAACUGAAAGAGAUAUAUCUGAAGAGCAAGGUAAUAACAGAGAGAUUGAGGGACAGACGAAAAGUAUUGACACGUGAUGAUCUCACAAAUAUGCUCAGUGUGGAUGACAACGAUGUACCUUUACUGCUGGCAGUAGCUGGUACCCAUGCCCCGCAGAGCAUAACACUUGUUGGCUGAGCAUGAAGUGUCACGCUUGAUAAGAUUCAAGUUGCCCUCAAGCGAUGCAUGUUACAUGCUUCGAUGUUAUUUCAACAUCAUCAUCAUCACCACCAUCUCCACACCAAUACCGCUGGAAUGUGUGUAUUCUGUGUUAUUCGACAGAAGGCAUACUGAAGCAGAAAUAUUCUCUGUGAAAUUGAAGACUUGUGUUACAUUCAGAUGUCAUCACGACAGAACCUCUACUAGCGUGACAUCAACCAUCAGGAGCUACUCACCACGAAGUAAAGUUAACUUGUCUGUGUGUAACUGAAGUCCUUAACUCAGAAGUGGAAUUUCCACGGGUUUUCAUUUAAAGUGUUCUUAACACAAAAACCAACCAUAAUCGUUAAAAAUGGAUCACUCUUCAGGAGUGGAACCUAGUACAUUGAAAAUAUUCAGCAGGAUUUGGAACAGAAUAGCUGGGGCAGAAAACUUGCGAGGAGUACUUUCAUGCUUUCGCAUAGGCAAAGAGGUUUUCUUUCUCUAUUUUCCUUUCCAGACAGUACACUUAGCAAAUCAUUUCACGCUCGAUUGAGUUUUCUCCUCUUACUGGGAGAAUUUGUUGGUAGAGGAUACGUUUUUACAUGCAUGGUACCUCGCAGAAAACUUGUCGACACAACUUGAUCACAAGCCACGCUUAUAAAGUUACAAAAUCACUAUUCGCUAUGGUUUAUUCCAUCGAAAGUAGUCUUACCCAUGUGUUUCACGAGAUAAUAUUUUUUUUUGUAACAGAAAAAGAACAGUAUUAAGAUCUUCGCUUACUUUCACUGUUUGACAAAUUCACCCUACUGUUUACUGUCAAUUCUCUUCCUAUGGAAGAAACUAUCCUCUUUUUCUUGCUUGCCGGACGAAAAUUUUUAGGAGAAGAGUAAAUUAUAAACCACGCCGCUCAUAUUUAUUACUAAAUACAGCUAUUUUCGAAGCGGCCUUCUGUUAAAUCGUAUAAUUUUAUCUUAAAUAAAUGUUGAGA